AUGUCCGACAGGUUUGAUGGAAUAAUCAAAGUGCCUACACAGCAUCCCCAUUUUAAUUAUCGGAAUUCAAAUUCCGCAUCAGAGAGUUGGUCUGUAGGAAAUUUACCAUGGUAAUAUAUUUUCCACGCCUUGUUGUGAUUUCAUAUGAACCUAAACUUUCAGGUUUCUCAGUUCAAAAUGUGAACUUCUGAAUAACAAAUGGUGUUUGAGAAGUGUCAUUCUCUCUUGUGACAAUGAGAGUAGCUUCUGGGAAUGCGAUGCUGAAGUUGAGAUCAGUUUCCAGACAACAGCUUCAAAAAAAUGCAAACAUGCAAAAAGUCAAAAAUUAAACGCAGCCUUGAAUUGUUUGGAAUUUCCCACUAAUGUUGAAUUGUCAAAUAUUCCAACGAAUAAUAAUCAACUAACUAUUCAAGUUUCAAUGCUAUUAAAAAACAUUACUGGCUUUUUAGAAAAACGAUGGAUUGAUUUCAAAUUUUAUAAUAAAUCGCCAAAAAGUGAUGUUACUUUUGUGAUCGAUGGAACCAAAUUAUAUGCCAACAAGACCUAUUUGGCUAUUCAUUCACAAGUAUUUGAAUCAAUGUUUUCUUCCAAUUUCAAAGAAAAAUCAGAAACCGUGAUUGCUCUUGAAGAUAAUCUUGAUGACUUUGUCGAACUAUUAGAAUUUGUUUAUCCUUGUGGUAAUCCAAUUAAUGGAUCAAAUUACGUUGGUCUGAUGAAAUUAGCUGAUAAAUAUGCAAUGACUCAUGUUAUGUAUGAUUGUGAGAAAUAUCUUAUCGAAACGAAUGAAGUAAAUGUUAUUGAGAAAUUGGUUAUAUCAAAUCAAUAUUCAUUACCAAAACUACAAGUAGGUUGAACUUGUAUUUAUCAUGAAAAUUUACUAUCUUAGGGUGCUUGUUUCAAAUCAUUUACGGAAAUCAAACAAAUUGAACAGUUGAAACAAAGUGAAGAGUAUGAUUUAUUGACUGAUUCAACAAAAGCUGCGAUACUCGAAAAGGUUUUCAAACUGUUGAAAAAUAACCGUUGA